AUGUACCAGCCACAAAAAAAGAACAAGAUGACCAUUGACAAUACGCUUAAAAAGUCAGAAGAAGCAUUGAGUAACAUUGCAAAGGCUUUAGCAGUACCAUCAGUGCCACCAUUAGAUAAUGCAUCGCAUAGCUUAUCUCAAUUUAUAAGUGCUACGCUGCAAUCUUUUAAAAAUCCUACCCUUAAAAUUGAAACGACACAAAAAAUAUUAAAUAUUUUAAUGGAAGCUCAACUUAAUGAUAUUCCUUAA